CGAGCCCUUUACGGCCGGAAGCACCCCGCAGGUCGGACCGGAAGGGGCGCCUCAACCCUGCAGUGUGACAAAGGAAGUCCCGCCUCUGCCGCGCCGCUGGCACCGCGGAACCCACCGAUCUCCGAGCCGGUCUCGGAGGGGCGGGCAGAUUUGGUUCUGGAGCUGCCAUGAUUGAAGUGGUGGCUGAGCUGAGUCGAGGUCCUGUAUUUCUGGCGGGGGAGGCUCUGGAAUGUUUAGUGACUGUCACUAACCCCCUGCCCCCGACCGCCACUUCUGCAUCCAGGUGGGGAUGCUGUGAGGCUCUGGCCUGGGCCAGUGCCCAGAUCCACUGCCAGUUCCAUGCCAGUGAGAGUCGAGUAGCAUUACCACCCCCUGACUCUAGUCAGCCAGAUGUCCAGCCUGACAGCCAGACUGUCUUUCUUCCACACCGAGGUGAGAGGGGUCAGUGUAUCCUUUCUACUCCACCAAAAAUUCUGUUUUGUGACUUGAGGCUAGACCCUGGAGAGUCCAAAUCAUACUCCUACAGUGAAGUGCUGCCCACAGAGGGACCACCUUCCUUUCGGGGUCAGUCAGUCAAGUAUGUGUACAAACUGACCAUUGGCUGCCAGCGUGUCAACUCACCCAUCACUUUACUCAGAGUCCCUCUGAGAGUUCUUGUGCUGACUGGUCUUCAGGAUGUCCACUUUCCCCAGGAUGAGGCUGUGGCUCCAUCCAGUCCAUUCCUAGAGGAGGAUGAAAGUGGGAAGAAGGAUUCAUGGCUAGCGGAGCUGGCAGGGGAGCGCCUCAUGGCUGCCACCUCCUGCCGCAGCCUCCAUUUAUACAAUAUCAGUGAUGGCCGAGGGAAAGUUGGGACAUUUGGUAUCUUCAAAUCUGUGUACCGACUUGGCGAGGACGUGGUGGGGACCUUAAACUUAGGGGAAGGAACCGUAGCUUGUUUGCAGUUUUCAGUAAGCUUGCAGACUGAAGAGCGUGUUCAGCCAGAGUACCAGCGACGCCGUGGGACAGGAGUUGCCCCUUCAGUAUCCCAUGUGACUCAUGCCCGGCACCAGGAGUCCUGCCUCCAUACAGCUAGAACCAGUUUCUCUCUCCCCAUCCCCCUCUGUUCUACCCCUGGCUUCUGCACUGCCAUUGUGUCCUUGAAGUGGCGAUUGCAUUUUGAAUUUGUAACAUCCCGGGAACCAGGAUUGGUCCUUCUGCCUCCAUUGGAGCAGCCUGAACCUGCGACCUGGACAGGGCCUGAGCAGGUGCCUGUAGACACCUUCAGCUGGGACCUCCCCAUCAAAGUGCUUCCUACGAGCCCCACCCUGGUCUCAUAUGCUGCCCCUGGCCCCAGCACCAGCAGUAUAACUAUCUGAAAUUGGCCCACAUGUCCACCGUGGCACUAGUUUCUUCAGAUACUGGAAAUUCAACACCUGGACUCCAGUGGGGCCCACUUUUCCCACCUGGAGCUGGCAGCACAGGCAAUGAGAACCGGGCUUUCGGCUGUGGUAUUGAUUUAUUGAUUCAGAGUAAAUUGGCAGCUGCUAGUGGUUUCCCUGGAAGUGGCAGCGGCAGUGAGCAGUCAGCAGAUGGGGGAUCCUUUAGCUGGAGUGGGGAGCAGGAGCCCUAGGAACAGGGGUGUUAGCUGAGCCCCAUUCUAGGUCUGGGCCUCUCCCUUUGCAGGGCAACCGAGGGUCAGAUUUUUGCACCAGAGAAAAUUGACAGGUUCCUGCCUCCUGGCGUACUUCACACUCAGCGGGGAAGUCAAUGGGAUGCUGAGACCUAGAAAACCAAAGAUUGGGAGAGUCAGUACAGUGAAAAGCCACCUUCCCUCUCAUAGCAUCCCCUAUAUCCUCCUCUGGUGUCCCCCAGACUCCCUAACUCAGCUCCCCAGUCCUGUUUAAAGACUGUUUUAGUUUCCCGAGCAGGAGCCCUUCCCUCCACAUCUACCUCCACUCCCCCGUCUCCUUGGUGCCUUCACAUCUGUGGUCACAUGAUCUCUUCUGUUUAUUCUUGCCUCACAGAAAUUAGUUACUCCUCAGUCCUGGCGGCAUUCCCUCUGACCAUUCUUGGUCACUUACGUGUCACAGCAGCCCACACCAACAGGAUGCAGACAGGUACAAUGGAAACAGUCCUUGCGGAGCCAGGAUUCACCCAGAGUGAAAUAUUUCCCGUCAUAGUGGCAGGGGGCUAGGGAAGAAUGAGGAUUGUUCUGUAGUAGGUGAGAAUUGGGAGUGUUGGCGGCAGUCUCUUCUGGUCUGGGCUGGGAGAGAAGCCUUGCACACUAGCCCUCCAUACAGUCCUUCCUGUUUCAUAGGUUGAAGGACCGAAUAGUCUAACUUAGGCUUACCUCUGAGCCCUCACCAUCACCCUCAUCUCUUAAGCGUCAGUCCACCUUACCUUGAGCUUGGAAGUAACACUUGCUGUUCACUCCUGGGUGCUGUAGGAGCAGAGACACCACCAAGCAGAUGCUCCUCCAUCCUCUCAGGAUCCCCUUGCCCUGUCCAGCCCAGAGCAUCCUUAGAGCCAUUCCUGCAGUUCAGCUCUCUUAGGCCCUGCUUGGCUUUUGUUCAGGUUCCUCUGGUCUUAUCCCCUUGCUUUUCUUGCCUUGCUCCUUGACUCUUGAGUUUCUCUCUCCUUGGGUUCUUUCUCAUAACAUGGCAGUGCCCUCUGCUCUUACAGGCUGGGGAUGUUUAUAAAGUGAGGACCCUGGCCCCCUGCUGAGUAAACUGGACAGGCUGUUACUCUGUUUCCUGAGGUGAGGGCAUGAAAAUGAGGUCCAGCUUUUAACAAGCUGUGAGAGCUGAUUCAUGCCCCCACACAGCUAGGAGGAGGGAGGUGGCCGUGGAAGGGGCACUGGACUGGGCACUUUCCGAGCCAGGAGGGGGAGUGUUGAAGGCCCCAGGUGGUCCCCAGAUCUCCUUGACCUGCAGAGAGGAAGCAUUCCAUCAACCCUCCCUCCACCACCACCAGGGGUGUGUGAGCUGGGAUCCCUGCCUGGACCGGAGGGAGGCAUUUCCUGGGGAUGGCUAAUCCUGUGCCCCAGCCAAACCAAGGAGCCGCAGCAGGGUGCAACUGCCAGAGGCUCCAGGAGAGCAAGCAGGCAUCUGGAGUGAAGAGUACAUUUCCUUCCGUUCCUGGGGCAGCCUUUCCCUAAAGCAUCUGAGAAAUGGCUACCCUUGGCUUUGUGGGGCACCCCAAAGAUACAUUUCCCAUUGUUUUUUACCCCAAAGGAGCAGCAGAUGCAAGAUUACCCCAUCGCUAGCAAUGCCCUACCUCAAAGAGAAGCAUCUUUUCCAAGUUCCCCAACAUCAUCAAACUUCCAGAGAGGUACCCCCUCUUUACUUAUGAUGGAACAAAGCCUAGUGGACUUCGGUCUUGGGCAUUCUUUGAGUUUUGCAGGCUUUGGGAGAUGUAGAGACAGACUGUUGGACUCAGGUCGUGACUCUUAGUAGCCAUCUGAUCUCACACAAGUCGCUUUACCUCUGUCAUCCUGUCUCUUGGUAGAAAUGCCAGCUUGUGGGCUCAUCAUGAGUAGCACGUGGGAUGUUCUUAGUGCCAUCUUUGGCCCAUGGCUCUCAGAAAAUAGCCACUUAUUGAGGCUAGAGCUCAGAGAAGAUGCUGCUGCUCUCUCAUCUGGGGGCCAGUGAGCAGCUGUGUACGGCUGAGGGUUGCUGUUGUGGACUGCUCUCUCCAGGCCAACUUCUGCCUUCCACGUUUAUGCCCCCUUCAAGAACAGAUGUGGCCCUGGGAGCAUUAUGGUUUCAGUUGUUGACAUCUGGAGUUCCUUGUGGCUUGUUUGGAAGGUCGUGCUGCUGCUGAAUAUGCUGCUUUUCCCACCUCAGUACCAUGGGAAGAGGGAUGUCUUACCCUCCCUCCUGCUAGCUUUAGGACUCUGCUUUUUCUUAUUUGAUCACGUGGAUCCCAAGCCUCCUUUGUGACACUUUUGAUGAUGACAGUUUAUCUGUUAUGAAGGCCCUGAUCAAACUCGACCUCUUCACUUUUACUUUCCCACAUUUCAGAGACCCUGCUGUUCCGCCUAUCUCUGUCCUGUUCCUAGGACAUGUGCUCUGGUUUCCAUUCAAGUCUGAAGUCCAGUUCAUGCCAAGCUUUACUCUCAAUCACCUAGUACACAGCUAUGAUUCCUGCCUGUCCCUCUUCAUUCAGCAGCGACCAUCAGUACAGGUCUAAUUCCUUAGCUGUUUUCCUCCAAGAUAGCUUUUGCUUUGGCCAGGAAUGUAGUUCAGUGAGAGUGCUUGCCUGCCAUCUCAAUGUCCUAGGUUCCAUCCCAAGAACCCCCUCCCCCCACCAUUGAAUGAAAGAAAACAGGUUCCCUUUCAGAGGGGUAUCAGGAUAAAAACAAAGAAAAACUUAGCACCCAGGUAGGCUCCUGUGUAGGGGCAUGACCUUGACUCCCUCCUGUCUUGGCUGGAGAAGGGAUUGGAAGGCAUCAAGCAAAGGUCUCAGAAAUCUGGUCAUUAGUUAGCUUUGCCACUGCUUUGGGGGGGACUCACCUGAAGGUUGAGCAUAGUCUGUUUUCUGCAGUAACUAUAGACUAAAAGCUAGCGGGAAGUUUGAGAUCCUGGAGGCAGUGGGUUGCUGAAGGUGGGACCUGAUAGACCCUGGUGUAUGAACUUUGAAGUGAGCAUUAGCCUCCUGGAUGGCAGAUGAAGCAGCCGUGUGGCUGUGGGCACUUCCGGAAGGAGACUGGGGCUGAGCUGAUGAACCUUCUGAGGUUGCAGGGUAGUGUAGAACUGCUUGAUGGCCUGGGCACUGCUGUGGAUGUUGGGUUAUCAGUGGUUAAAGCCACUGAGUGCCAGGAGAGCAGCCUUUAGGGCAAGGGGCGGGGCAGGAGUUGGGAUGGGGGCUGGCACAGGCCACCUGUGCAGGGACAAGGAAAACAUCCGCUGGAGGUGAGCCAGGCUAUGCUCCUGCAGUGCAGGCAGGUGGCAGCGUGAGGAAGUGCGUACAUUCCGGGGGCUGAGUCACCCCAACGCUGCCCACUUUUCCCAGAUGGGAGAGAGCGGGACCUUUGAAGGUCAUGGCUCUGGGGGAUUUGAGUUCUGGACCCGGGGGGAGGGGAGGGUCUUAAAAGAGCACAAAGAAAUCAUGGAAGGGGCUUUCUGCUCAGCUGGCACCGCAGUGCAAAAUGCAAAGCCCCUAAAUUCACAGCUUGUUUCUGAAUAGAGACAGCCAAACAGGGUAGAGCCCUGGGGAACUUGAGAGGAGGGCCAGAGAAACAGUCUUACAGAGUCUUCCUAGAGAGAGGAGGAUCCAGAAAAACUGAGAGCCGGUGGUGAGCCUCAGGCUUCUGAGAAAAGUGUCCACCAUCCCAGCAGGUAGGGCAUGACCGGCCAGAGGGGUCUGUCCAGAAGCCCGUGUGAAGGACAGGAUUCAGGGAGUAUGGAGAAUUGGAAUAUCUGGAUCUUUGCAGUAGUUCCUGGUUCUGAAAAGGCUUUCUGUGGUGGAAAAAUUAUGUUUGGAUUUCUCAAAGUAGACUGGAACGCCAUCUUGGGCUGGGGUGGCAAAGAUAGUAGAUGGUAUAAAAACAAAGUAAUCUGUGUCUACCAUUAGUAAUCAGCCUGCCAUUCAGUACCUCUGUCCCAGGCCCCUGAAGUAAGACUUAUGGUUUUUUCCCUCUAACCAGCCCAGCACUGAGAAAACUGAGGGUUGUCACUAGCAUGAGGCCAGCUUGGGCUACAGAGUGAGACCUUAUCUUAAAAAGGCAAUUUGCUUUUACUGAAUUUUAAAACAGAAUCUUGAAUAAAAGUUGAAAGUCAA